UGAAAAAGGGUGGAGAUUGCCGAGUCCAUUGUUUUCACUCGUCUGUUGACGAUUUUAAAUUUUGAUUUUUAAUAAACUUCUAAAUGUAUGGUGUAUCACAUUACACGUAAAUAUGAAGUGUAUAUUAUUUAUAUCGAUAUGUAUAUUUAUAAGUUGUGUGCUGCCGAUAUAUUCAGAAUGUAAUAUUCCAAUAGUUCUAAGGAAUUCAUGGUUUUCAUUUGAAAAUGGGCAACAGACAACCACGGAUAUCAACGCAAAUGAAAUGACCGGCAGAGGGGUAUGUGUGAACAUACAUGCAGAAUCACAAUCAAAUUACUCAAUGGUGUUUAAGUAUACCAAUUGCUACUAUUGUGUGAAGCUGAUUGUCAGAACGGUAAAUGUGCUGGAGAAGAUUGAAACACCCUGUGUAAGCUUAGAGUUGCACGAGGAACCAACAGUGGAGAGAGUGUGCAGGCAUCUGAAUCCUGAUCAGUAUUUCGUCACACUGUUUGCUGAGAAUUUCGUUCCUGUAAAUUGUCGUUCAUCACUGGAAGGUGUAUGGCAGUUCGCAUACCAAAACCGUUUUAGAUUUACCGGUGAAUGUAAUAACCCUGAAGCACAGAUAAAGUCCUGUCAGACGGCUGGUACUCAGUUCUUGAUUACAAAUCAAAAGUUUAAUAUUACAUAUAGAAAAUGCCCUGGUAUGUCUGGUACAUUUGAAGGUGUGGUUGAAUAUAGUUGUUUGGGACAUUGGUUUGUAAACAAAAACAUGUUCUUUGCUGUCGCUAACACUAAGGAAUCUCGGAAGGACGAAAGGUAUCGUUGUUUCUUGAGAAACAGAGAUGAUGAUCUGUACAUUGGUGCAUCUAUUACACCUCAGUGCAGUACAUUAAAAACAGUCGAGAAGUCUCCGGAAAGAUAUAGGAUUACACCAGUCAAGGCUGAAGUUGUAGAACCAGGCUGUCGAUUACCGCAAAACUUUUCGGGUGACUGGAUUAACACGGCUAACAUAGACGCCGACGUAUUCAUUAACGAAACGCAUAUCAUCGAAACGUAUUACCCUGAUGAGGGGCGAUAUAGACGUACUAUUUAUGUUUGCAGAGAACAGCGUGAUAGCAGAGUGAUGAUGGCAAGAUUAACGGUUGAUGGUUGUCAGAAGGAUUAUGUGUGCUUCGACUUUGUACCACAACAUCAUAAUGUUAUUAGAUUCCGCAAAGGUUUAGCCAUGACGCAAAACAAUUUCCACACAGUGUGCUCAUGGGUACAGUUUCAGAAUAAACAGAAGUGGCGUUACGAUAUAUUCCUAAAGAAGGAUCCAACGCCCAUCAGAUGCCCAGUUGCUGGCAAAUUCAAUUUCACACAAAGAGGCGAUGUUAGGUUCGAAACAAGGAUUCUCGGUGGUGUCACAUUGAGUCCUCGUCCAAAUUUGUACUGUAAAAUAAACAUAAGCGAUUUCUCUGUGUGCGAUGUCGAUCAGAAAACAGUGCAAAUCAAGGAGAAUUACUGCCUCUCUGUAGAUUAUUUGGGAAGGCCAGUGGAUAUUUACAGUGAUCCCGAUUAUAAGAUGAAAUGUAUCGGAUAUUGGAAAGAGAAUUUGAAGUCGUAUUUGAUUACGUACGACGAACUUGAUCCCUUCUCCAAGUAUAGGUGUUGGGUGUACCAAAGAGCAGAUUUGAAUAGAGUGCUCAUGUCGCAAGCUCUCGGCGCGUACUGUGAUUUGAAACAAGACGUUACAUCAUGGAACUAUACAGAGGGGGCUGCAGUCGCUAUAGAAAUGGAAGAGUAUGAGCGAGAAAGAGAUCAGUGUCCAAUGCACUUUGAUGAUGGAAGCGAUCCUUGGGCGACUAAGGAAAACUUCAUCAAAGUGUUCUCAUUUUCAUAUUCGUUUUGGAGAGGAAAUGGUGCGCCAGUGUUGCAUGUAGCUAAUCUAACUAUAGUUGUUCUAUUAGUGUCUAUAUUGAAGUGCCUACUUAAUUAAUUAUGGGUAAGAAUCUGUAGAUAUUGAAAUUUAUCAGUUUGUUUUGAUGAUGUAGAGAAGAUUAGAUGAAACUGAGUAACUUUUUUUAAUGAAUCUGAAUAUCGAAGCAAAAAUUUUGUUUCCUUAGUACCUUGUAAGGAGUAAAGAGUCAUAAUUUUUGGCAAAAAUGUUGGUGAACACCAUAGCAACUGCCAACUAACUAUUUAUAUUUAGGAGUGUUUUUAAUACUAACUGUGCAUAACUAUUGAUAAACUCGUAUUUACUUACUAACUGGUAAGAGAUCAAAGAGCUAUAUAAUUUAAAAAUAUAAUACUUUUUUUUUAAUAAAAAAUGAUCUGAAAAAUACCCUAAUGUGCCUUUUUCAUAAUCUAACAAGCACAAAUUCAGGAUAAGAAUAUCCUUAUAGUGCCUUAAAAUAGGUAUUAAGUACAUAAUAUUAUGUAAUAUCUAUAACUUUUCUAGCAAAAAACUGUAUACCUCAAUUCAUAUUUUUUUUUAAUAUUUAAGGCUUUGUAUACUAAGCAACCACAAUAUUCUGUUUUUUUUAAUAGCUAUAAACAGGCAUUGUACAAUUUAUGUAUAAGUAAUAAUAUCUCACUUGAAACAAAAUCCGUCCAUUUAUAUUGUUUUAAGCAUUGUAUUUUUUAAGUCUUAUGAGACUGUAUUUUUUAUUAGUGUAUAAUUUUUAUAAAAGACAUCAUUGCUAAAAUAUGACUUGUUAUAUUGUUCCAUGAAAAAAUCCGUCCAAAUGUGUUUUAUUUUUUUCUGAGAAUAAAAGUUGUAGUAAAUA